AUGGCGUGGCUCAUGGGCGAGCCCCGCAGCCUGAGCGCAGCGUCGCCGCCCAUGCCUGAGGCUGGCGCUCCCCGCCGCCUCCGGCGGGGGGUGCCCCGCGGAGAGGGGGCCGGGGCCGGGGCGGGGUCAGGCGACGAGACGCCCGACGUGGACCCCGAGCUGCUGAGGUACUUGCUGGGGAGAAUCCUCUCGGGGAGCGCUGACUCCGAGGCUGUGGCCACCCCGCGCCGCCUCCGCCGCGCCACUGACCAGGAUCUGGCCCCUGAGGUGCCCCCUGAGGGCGUGCUGGGGGCGCUGCUCCGCGUGAAACGCUUGGAGACCCCUGCGCCCCAGGCGCCGGCGCGCCGCCUCCUGCCGCCCUGAGCCCUGCCCAGAUCCCGCGCGACCUGAGAUCCAGGAGCGCCUCGCCACCCGGACUGCUCCCCUCCAGCACGUCGAGAGCAGCUUACCCUGGCAGCCGCUGUGGCUGUCCUCCAACCCCAAGAUCUCCACCAACCCCCCACCAUCCCGCCCCCACAAUAAACGCGACCUGAAGCAAC